AUGUCUCAAUACAAUCUUGGAGGCAUGGCGUUUCCAGGAGGACAUACCGCAAGUGAACCUUUUGACCCAUGGAGGAGUAACACCCCCUCCACAUCAUCUGAAGCAGGACCAGCUGCCCCUGCAGAAGAACCACAUAACAGCAGCGCACCUAAGGCGUCGGGAGUAGUCAGAAACCCAUCACCUACCACCCUGCCAGCAUUCUCUACACCUCAGACUUGGGAAUGGAAGGGAGUCCCUUACACAACCAUCGAAGAAGCCGCCAAUGCUGCUGCACCCAACACCAUCCCAAACGACGUUAAGGAAUGGGUAAUGAACGUGGUGCGAUCAUUCGUCAUGAGAGACGUUGUAAGCUCAUAUGAAGCCUUACGUCAAAAAAUGGAUGAGCGCCACGAGCGCACGGUGGCCUCGUUGGAAGAUGAAGUGCUGGCUCGUAUCCACGUCAAAAUAAUGGCAGUAGAAAUGCGAGACCAGCUAAAAGUUGCAAGAGCCCAGAUCGGCACCCUCUCCGCCGACAGCAAACGGCUCAUCAAGGUGAACAACAAUCUGACACUUGAAGUCCAAGCAAUCUGCAAGGACUUCGAAGACUACAAGGAUGAAAUAAAGGGUCAGAUGGACACCCUUUACAGCAACAUGGUCGCCCUGAAGGAGGCUCAGGAAAAGACCACUACCUACAUUGUAUCCAACCACCGGCCAGUCAAUCUAGUCAAUCGCCUCAGCGAAUUAAGCUCCCCGAUCCUCCCAAGUAUUCGGGAAGGAAGUCACGACAAGGACAAAAUUCAGCAAGCCAACGUGCAUCUGGAAGGCAGAGCUGCUCUAUACAUGAAGGAGUACGCAAUCAAGCUCACCUCUGGACAAGACGUUGGCACAUGGGCAGAAUAUACGCGAAAACUAGAAAUGGCAUACAAGAUGCUUGACCCCAAGCACACGGCACAAUCCCUGCUAGAUGCACACUGUGCAAUUCGCCACAAGACCAUGAUCGCCUUCGCAGAGAAUUUCAGGGCUUACGCCCCCAAAUCAGGAUACUCUGAUGAAGAUCUAAUCAUCAAAAUCAGGGAACAACGGUCGACCCACAUUCAAACGGUCAUGUCGGUAACAGAGACUUUGGACCCCUCAAAGAUUCCAACCACCUGGAUGGACUAUCUCGAGUUCUGCUUGGAGAUCGAAAUCAAACAUCUCCAACAAAUCUCAGGCAACAAGGCUACAGGACAGACCGCGACGACCAGGGCAACCGCUCUCAAGGACCCCAAUGCGAUGGACACUAGCACAUGA